AUGGAUACAGAUAAUAUGAAACGUCCUGCUAUCAACAUAUGGACAUUCUUUGCCCUUGCUGCACUUGAUGUCGCAGUAAAUGCCGCUGCCGGUCCAGCUGCAGUGGCAACCGCUGCCCAUGUCAAUGGAAGUCCUCUAACAGCGAGAGCAAUGCAAAUUGCCGCACUCGCUGGUGUCACUAAAUCGGGGGUAUUGGCAUUUGUCGAAUUUGUGGGAUUUGCAGGCUUGCCAACAGCCGCGUGGAUACUACUGGUUUUGAUAACGAGUAGCUUUGGGGUCUGUGUCUUGAUUACGGCAGAGGUUAGCAAUCUGGUCCUUGGGGAAACACCAAGUGCGCUGCUGAUUGCAGCUGUUGUCGCCGCCAUCCCACUCGCAGGCGAAUGUAUUGGAAUAUACCAAUCGGCCGGGGGGCUAUAUGGCAGCAAACCACAGACACAGUUGUGUGUCAUGGGUCUUGAUGCCUUGGGAGGAUACGUAUUUGCUCGCAUGGCACACAAUGGGGGCUACGAUAUUUGCUCUUACAACGUCGCCGCUGCCGCCGGGGCCGUAUACGGUGUCGUCACUGGGUUUUUCCAUACCCUCCUUGGAUGUAUCGCUGGAGUCACACAUAUUGAAAGUACCAAUGGGCAUUAUACUGUGAGGAAUGUUUUUGGAACAGUGCAAGGUUAUGAUGAGGGAUGGCAUCGGAAUUUAACGUGGUGA